AUGGGGCCGUCGUGGCCCCGUGGCCAGUGCCUGGGCAAUGGGGGUGAGGAUGGGGCCACCGUGGCCAGCUGGGCCCUUUCCAGCACCGAGCUCCCACGGCCCUUCCGGGAGCAGCAAAUCGCCUUCCCAAGCCGGGUUGGGGAUUUUUUUUGGGGAGAGCCAAGCUGCCUUGUGCCGCCUGGGAAAGCAGCCCCACGUCCCCACGCUCGCCUGCCCGGCUCUCUCACGUCUCCCAAAUCCCCCACAUAUGGUUUCUAUAUCACUUGGCGCUGCCGGUGCUUGCUCGGCUGUAAGCGAGCUUACUUUCCCUUGUCUUUCCAUGCAGCUCUUGGCACGGGAUGCUCAUCCUUCUCCCCAGCCCUGGUCCUCCCCCGCGCUGCCCGUUUGGACACGUCUCUCCCGGCCCCGGGGAGGGUGCGGGGAGGCCGGGGCCCGGCUCCUGCCUCCGCUCUGCCCUCAAAUUGCAGCCUGGCCGUGCCAGCGGCAGCUGCCUUCCUGGGAGACAUCGCCCUGGACGAGGAGGACCUGCGGCUCUUCCGGGUGGAGCGGGUGGUGGACCUGGCCCGCCGCACCAUCACGCGCCUGCCCACCAACUCCUCAGGCACCAACACCACCAGGCCGGGCCACCAACCACGCAGCCGUGGCCGGCAACGGGCACGGAGCCGCCGGGCUGCCACGUCCCGGCCGGAGAGAGUGUGGCCGGACGGGGUCAUCCCUUACGUGAUCAGUGGCAACUUCAGUGGCAGCCAGCGAGCCAUCUUCCGGCAGGCGAUGCGGCACUGGGAGAAACACACUUGUGUCACCUUCCUGGAGCGCAACGACGAGGACAGUUACAUCGUCUUCACCUACCGCCCUUGCGGGUGCUGUUCCUAUGUGGGUCGCCGAGGAGGGGGCCCCCAGGCCAUCUCCAUCGGCAAAAACUGCGACAAAUUCGGCAUCGUGGUGCACGAGCUGGGCCACGUCAUCGGGUUUUGGCACGAGCACACGCGCCCCGACCGGGAUGACCACGUCUCCAUCAUCCGGGAGAACAUCCAGCCAGGGCAGGAGUACAACUUCUUGAAGAUGGAGCCUGAGGAGGUGGAGUCCCUGGGCGAGACGUACGAUUUCGACAGCAUAAUGCACUACGCCAGGAACACCUUCUCCAGGGGCAUCUUCCUCGACACCAUCUUGCCCAAGUAUGAUGUGAACGGGGUCCGCCCCGCCAUCGGCCAGCGGACACGUCUGAGCAAAGGGGACAUCGCCCAGGCCCGCAAGCUCUACCGCUGCCCGGACUUGACAAAGGAAGCUUCACCCUGGCUGGGUCCCAUUUCCAAUGGAAAAAUGCUCUCUGGGGUCCUCCUCGCCAUCAGAGCCCCCCACAAGGACCAUGCGAGUUGCCUUUCUCCAUCCACGGUGCUUUUCCGGGGUGUUUUGGAGAAGUUAAAUGCAAGACCUCG